AUGUCCUACACCGACGACUCCGUCAAAGCGAAGCUCUCCGCCCUCAAUGAAACGCAGGAAGGCAUAGUCGCCGUAGCGCAAUGGAUAAUGUUCCACCGACGCUUCGCCGACCGCACCGCAACCCUCUGGAUGCACCGCCUGCGCGACUCCUCCCCCCCGAAGCGGCUGAACCUAAUCUACCUCGCCAACGAAGUAGUCCAGCAAUCCAAAGCGCGCAAGAAGAACGAGUUCGUCGCCGCCUUCUCCCCCAUCAUCGCCGAGGCCACCACCACAGCCUACAAAGGCGCCACCCACGACGUGCAGCAGAAACUGCGCCGCGUCAUCGAGGUCUGGCGCCAGCGGCUGAUCUUCGAGCCCGCGAUCCAGGAUGCCAUUGAGAGGGGCGUUGAUGAGCUUGAUCGCAGCCGCGAGAAGGCCAAGAAGCCUGCGCUGGGGGGAUCGCUGUUUUCGUCGUCUUCGGCUGGGGCGGCGGUGCCGCAGCAGCUUCAGCCGCUUGUGCAGGCGCAGAACGCGCUCGCGAAGGCGGAACUCACCUCCAAAUCCGCUGUCACGAACUCGAAAGCCGAGUACCACAAACUGACCGACCCGGCGACGCCGCUGCCCACGCCUCCCGUGCAUGCGGCCCGCCUCUCUGCACUGCUGAAGGGGCUCGCGAACGCGGAGGGCGCUGUCGCAGAGACGCUGAAGGCGCGGCGCGAGCUACUAUCCGGGCUCGAGACACUCAUCAACACACACCGCGCAGCGCUAGCCGAGGACGCUGCCCAAGCCGCCGAGCUCGCGGCGCGGCGCGAGAGCGUCGAGAGCAGGAAACGCGACGUUGAGGACAGCAUCAUGCGGGGACUGUCUGAGACGACUCCUGCAGAGUCUACCCCUGAGGCAGGCAUCGUAGGGGAUGAGCCCGAACGGCCGGAUAUCGAGGCGCUGACGCCGCCACCUGUGGAGAGUCUGACGCCGGUCGGGACACCGCCGCCCCUGGAUGCGACGGGGACGACGGCAGCUGCGAACUUUGUCGAGGAGACGGAGACGCACGCGCCUACUCUUGAUGACCGGGUGCCGAGUUAUAUGCCGCCCGGGCUGGAAUUGCCGGAUCAGCAGUCUCCUAGCGAGAGGCAGGCAUAUGGACACGAGCAGUCCAAGCCGCUGGAUCCGCGCCGGCGGAGGGGGAACGAGGGGGUGAAUGGUAAUGGAGAGGGCGCUGGGGUGAAAAGGAGGAAGAUGAGCGUGAACAAAGUGGAUGAUGAUUUCGCGGAAUUCACGUCUGGAGGGCUGGAUAGCGAUGUUGCUGACCUUCUGGGGCGGGAUUGA